CCCUUCCCGUGCUGUCUCUCCGAAAUUCCCCUCCAACAGUCCAACUUCCAUCCGCCGAAAACAGAAGGGCCCAAGCGAACGCGGAGAGUCGCUUCCCCGGAUUCCAGAAGCUUCCAGCACUGCGCCUGUCGGGCGCCCUGCGAGCGGGGCCAGAGAUUCAGCCGAGGAGCCCGCGAAUCGGAGCGCAAUGCCGCGCCGGCGGCGGUAGGGAUGGAGGCGGCGGCGGGGCCAUGGCGAGGGGAAUAGCGCGCGCGGCGUCGUUCGGCGGCCGCGCGACCGCCGGGUGGUUCUCGUACCGCCGCGUCACCGUGGCCGUCUGCCUCGGCAACCUCGUCGCCGCGCUGCUCGUGCUCCGCUCCCUCACCUCCUCCGCCCCCGCGCCCAAACGUGUUGAAGUGGUGCAGUAUACCGAGGAGCAGAUUAGGAGGGUGGAGGAGUCGAUCCGGAUUCGCCGCGAGGCUGAGCCCAUCGAGCUCGUCCAGGCGGUGAAGAAGCUGCGGAAGGUUUUCGCACGGGAGGAGAAAAGGCGGAAGAAGCUGCCGCUGGAGCUGAAGCAGAAGGUGUCAUAUGAGAUUGUGUGGCAACUGCACGAAUUAGGGGAUAACAGCAGUGUCAUCCAGCAACGAGAAGUUCUGGAAUCAUGGCGUGUCGAGACGCUAAAAGAUAUCAAGAGUGCAUCUACUCAGAAUUCAUCAAAUUUGGGCUUCUCCAAUGAGGAAGCACGAAUAUUAAAGCGAGCCCUGGAGUUCAACUGGCAUAUGCUAUUGGAGGACAUUGGUCUUUGGAUACCACUAGAAAUCUCACACACCGAACAUGAUGAUAAACCUGACAAUGAACCAGAAGAAGAGGAGAUAAUAGCAGGUCCACCUUUGGAUCCACAAUGUAACGCUGAGCUACAUGCUGAUUAUGGUGGUGCUGCCGUGAAAUGGGGCUUAACUCACCACAAAGAAUCUGCUGCUGAUUGUUGUCAAGCAUGUCUAGACCAGGCUAAGAAUGCCAAGCCAGGUGAAAUGAAGUGCAAUAUAUGGGUUUAUUGCCCAUCAGAGUUUGGUUGCUAUUCACCGGAUAAAUAUGAGCAUAAACAUCAGGAGUGUUGGUUGAAACAGGCUGACCAGCCUAAACUGAACUUUAAAGACAGGUAUUCCGAGUCUUACAGAGAUUCUCAUCCCAGAGCCCCUGUUGUUGUGCCCUGGAUGUCAGGUGUCACCAGCGCGUGAGCUGCUUGGCCCGUGCAGCCCAUUUGAGAUUGGGAGAUUUGCCCGGAUGCUGCUUUGCUGACAAACCUUCAUAUAUAUUCUUUGUUUGCCACGAUGCAGUUUUCUUUUUCACCGGAUAUUUCGCCAUGAUGGAAAACUUAGAUUAGACGAUCUGAUAGCACAAGGCUCCUUUGAGGGAGGCUUGUUGAGGUAGGGGUUAAAGGAUGCGGUGUUUAUGAACUAAAUCCAAUGAUUCAUCUGAGCCCAUGGUGACCUCCCAAUCUCAGUUCGUGGUCUUCUGUACUAUUGUUUUUAUGGGCAGGUUCUAAAAUGCAUUGCCGGUCACAUGUGAUCAUGGGUGUGAGCCUGUGAGGUUGUUAAAGUGCUUGAAAUUUUAAGGAGGCACGAAAACAAAAGCGUGAAUAUAGAGCAUGCUAUAUAAUAUGAGGACCUAUAAAGAUU